UAGACAUUCCCAUUUCUAACAGUUCCUUAGACUCACUAAUAGAUCACAAACGGUUCUUUGAGUGAGCUGCAGGGUUUGAGUGUCAUAUAGUGAGGUUUCAGUAGAUUUUGCAGCGGCAUGAGAAGUCUUUACCUAGGUGCUAAAAGCUAUGCCUUAUUAUUAAGGGCAAAGCCACCCCCAUUAAAAUCAUGCAUUCCUCUAUCUCUUUACGGGAGAUUAGAAGAAGAUUCAGCAGUGACUGGCAUGAAUGAUAAUAACAAGUAUAUUCAGCUUUCGAUACCCCAUGUUUUUUCACAUUUUUCAUGCCCUUCACAUGAAAAUCUUAGAAACUCAUGGAGCUCAAGAAACGUAUCAGCGAGAUCAUAUGCGACGCGCCGCCCGGCAAAGAAUAUAAGCCGCCUGUCAGACGAGACGGAAGAGGAGUUGGUUCAAGACGAAGAAGAAGAAGGAGAAGGAGGAGAAGAAGAAGCUAAUGAUGACGAUGAAUGGAGCGGUGAAAUUACAGAAGAAUUGUUGAGGUGCAAUGAUAAUGAUGAUGAGGAGGGUACUUGGGAAGAGGAGGAAGAGGAAGUUGAAGCUCAGAUAGGUGAUGGAGGAGAUGGUGGUGGAGUGGUUUUGGGAGAUACUUUAUGGGGUAGCAAGGCCUUAGCCAUUGCCGAGGAAGUCUUGCUUCAAUUUAAGGAUGAUUUAAGACUUUAUGCAUUUAAGGUUUCUCAUCGUGGUUAUGUUUAUGUGCGAUUAGACAAGGUUUCUGACAAGUAUGGCUGCCCAAGUAUUGAUGACAUUAAAGCAUUCCAUUCUUUGUAUGCAGAACGUUUAGAGGAAGCUGGGCAGGGUGGGGGUUUACCGCAUAACUUGGCUGUCGAGGUUUCUUCUCCAGGUGCUGAAAGGUUUGUCAAAGUGCCCAAUGAAUUGGAACGCUUCAAGGGCUUACCUGUGUAUGUGAGCUAUGUUAUGGAUGAGGCUGAAAGCAAAGAGCAGAAUGGUAUUUUUGAGUUGGAUAGCAUCAAUUUAGAAUUAGGGAAUUGUACAUUGAAACUGGCCAAUGUAAAAAGCAAUAGGAUGAAUCUUGGUAAAGGGAGAACUUUUAGCAGAAAGCAAAAGGAUCAGAGCUUCCAUUUGCCUCUUUGUUCAUUGAAACUUGUAAGGUUGCAUAUGGAAGGGUGAUUGAUAGUUCAAAUAAUGCAGAAACUAUAGACUAAGCGAGCUUUUACCAUCUGGGCAGUUUGUUUGAAGUCAUUUGCCUUUGUUUUGUUUGGGCAUUUGAAAGCAUGAACUUGCUUUUCAUACGGGUAAGUAUAUGUAACUUUGGCAUCAUUUUUGUAAUUUGAUCAAUUUCAUUGUGGGUUUUAAAGGAUGAAAA